CAGAGCUAUCGACUCGCCCAGCAUGUCGCUACGAGCACUAUGUGCACGACUACCGCCCGAGGUCAUUGCCCUCACGCGGUCCCACCUCGCCCGGUCCCGCUCGCUCGCGACAGCGGCCGCCGCCUCGACUGGCACCAGCAAAACCUUCUACGCCACCACGCCCAUCUUCUACGUCAAUGCAGAUCCGCACGUCGGGCACCUCCAUUCGACCCUUCUCGCCGACAUCUACGCACGCCAUGCGCGCCUGCGCGACCCGUCCAAGGGCGCUGUCAUGUGCACUGGGACCGACGAGCAUGGCCUCAAAAUCCAGCGUGUCGCCGAAGCGCGAGGGAUCGCGCCCAAGGACCUGUGCGACGGCGUCUCGGAGCGGUUCAGGGAGCUUGCACAAGCCGCCAACAUCGACCACCAGGUCUUCAUCCGCACGACCGAGGCUCGUCACAGGACCGCGGUCGAGCACGUCUGGAGAGAACUUCAGCAGCGAGGGUACAUCUACAAGUCGUCUUACGCCGGCUGGUACGCCGUCUCGGACGAGGCGUACGUCCCCGAGGCGCAGGUCGGCGAGGUCAUCGACCCCAAGUCGGGCGACAAGUACAUGGCCUCGACCGAGACGGGUACGAGGGUCGAGUGGAUGGAGGAGGAGAACUACAAGUUUCGGUUGUCGGCGUUCAAGGACCCUCUGCUCGAGUGGCUCAGCUCGUCCCCGAAUCCCGUCCAACCUUCCUCUCGCACGACCGCCCUCGUCGCCUCGCUCGCCAACCCGACCUCGACCGACCUGAACGACCUGUCGAUCUCGCGCCCAGCGUCACGCCUCUCGUGGGGCAUCCCUGUCCCCGGCGACCCGCAGCACACGAUCUAUGUCUGGAUCGACGCCCUGGUCAACUACCUGACGGCGGCGGGCUACCCUUGGCGAGGCGGCGAGGCGUUCGAGAAGGGCAAACUGUGGCCGCCCGACCUGCAGGUCGUCGGCAAGGACAUUGUCCGGUUCCACGCCCUGUACCUCCCCGCCGUCCUCCUCGCCCUCGACCUGCCGCUCCCGAAGCACCUCCUCACACACGGUCACUGGACGAUGGACAAGUUCAAGAUGAGCAAGAGCCGCGGCAACGUCGCCAACCCGUUCGAGGCGAUGCAGCUCUGGGGCGUGGACGCGAUGCGGCUGUACCUCAUGCGGGUCGGCGGGAACUCGGCGAGCGACGCAGACUACUCGGCGACCGAGAUCGAGCGCUUCUACCGCAAGGACCUCGCCGGCCAGAUGGGCAACCUCCUCAGCCGCGUCACGGCCAAGAAGCUCGUCAAGAAGCUCGAGGCGCCCGAGCUCAUGUACACGAUGCCGGAUCGUCUCGCCAAGGAGGACGAGGCGCUCCUCGCGCUCCUGCGCGACCUUCCAGGCUCGUUCGACCGCCACCUCGCCGCCUUCGACGUCCACCGCGCCCUCGCCGUCGUGUUUGACGCCCUCGCCGAGUCGAACCGCCACGUGCAGCUCCUCUCGCCCUGGCUCGCGACCGCCUCGCCGUCCGACGUUCACCGCGCCCUCUUCUUCGGGUCCGAGACGCUGCGUCUCAGCGGGACGCUCCUCCAGCCCUUCAUGCCGACCAAGGCGACGCAGCUCCUCGACAUGCUCGGCGUCGACGCGAGCCGGCGGCGGUGGGUGGACUGUGCGGUCGGCGAGGGCGGUGCGAGGUCGGCUCCUGCGGCGGGCAAGGUGCACCUGUGGCCGGCGGUGGCGGUCCCGGAGGCGGUCGUGCAGUAGCAGAGUCGACGACGUGCAACUCGUCCGCGCCCGUCGACGUUGCAGUU